GGCCGGGAUGGAGCCGGGGCGGCGGGACUCGCUGGCGCUGCUCACCGACCUCUACCAGUUCACCAUGGCCUACGGCUACUGGCGGGCCGGGCGGCAGCGGGAGCCGGCCGAGUUCGAGCUCUUCUUCCGCCGCUGCCCCUUCCGCGGGGGCUUCGCCCUGAGCGCGGGGCUGGGCGAGUGCCUGGCCUUCCUGCGGGCCUUCCGCCUCCGCGAGCCAGAAAUCGAGUACCUGCAGUCGGUCCUGCCCAGCACUAUGGAGAAGGCUUUCUUCGAUUACCUGCGCACCGUGGACGCCUCCGAAGUCACCGUCUCCUCUGUGCCGGAGGGCUCCAUCGUCUUCGCCACGGUUCCGCUAUUGCAAGUGAAGGGGCCGCUGCUGGUGGUGCAGCUCCUGGAGACCACGCUGCUGUGUCUGGUCAACUACGCCAGCCUUGUGGCCACUAACGCUACCCGGUUCCGCAUGCUCGCUGGCCCAGACAAGAAGCUGCUGGAGUUGGGGCUGCGACGUGCCCAGGGCCCGGAUGGGGGCCUUUCUGCAUCCAAGUACUCCUACAUAGGGGGCUUCGAUUGGACCAGCAACGUGCUGGCAGGGAAGCUGUAUGGGAUUCCGGUGCGGGGAACCGUGGCCCAUUCCUACAUCAUGUCCUUCACGUCGCUGGCGGAGGUGCAGCCCCGGACCCUGAAGCCCCUGGACGGAGAUGAGCCGGUGGAUUUCCUGCCCCUUGCUGAGUCGUGGCUGAGGCGAGUGUGCCAGACGCUGCGGGUCCCCCACGACAGGGUGAACCACGGGGAGCUGGCUGCCUUCGUGUCAUACGCCAUCGCCUUCCCCCACAACUUCCAAGGGCUGGUGGACACUUACUCCAUCAUGGGGAGUGGCAUCCCAAACUUCUGCGCCGUGGCGCUGGCGUUGAACCAGCUGGGAUACCGCACGGUAGGGAUUCGCGUGGACAGCGGAGACCUCGGCAAGCAGGCGAGGGAGAUUCGCCAGGUGCUCCGGACCUGCAGUGCCGACUUCCAGGUUCCCUGGUUUGCGACCAUCCCCAUUGCCGUGAGCAAUGACAUCAGCGAAAGGAGCCUGGAGGAGUUAAUGCAGGAGGGGAAUGAAAUUGACAUGAUCGGAAUUGGGACCAAUCUGGUGACGUGCCCGCUGCAGCCCUCCCUGGGCUGUGUUUACAAGCUGGUGAAGGUGAACGGCUGCCCCAAGCUGAAGCUGACUGAAGACGAAGAGAAGAUGACCAUCCCGGGGAGCAAGGUGGUGUACAGGCUCUCUGAUGCCACUGGUCUUGCCUUUAUGGAUCUCAUGGCAUUGGAGGAGGAGCCCUCACCCAGGGCAGGGCAGGAGGUGGCUGUCCGCCUGCUGGGGAGGAGUGAGGAGGCCAGGAGGGUGACUCCCACGGCCGUGGAAAUCCUGCACCGCACUUACUUUAAAGAUGGACAGGUUUGCCAGGCUCUUCCCAGCCUGCUGGAAAUCAAGAGCCACGCGCACGCCUCUUUGAGCACGCUCAGCCCUGCGCACAAGAGACUCCAGGACCCGGAGCCUUACCAGGUUGCUGUGACUGACAAGCUGCACUUGCUCCUCCAUGACCUGCGUCGAUCCAGCCGGUGAGCUGCCCUGCCUGCAUCGUCCCGUCCAGCAGCAAACUGCACCUGCGCAAGCCCGAAUUAACCUGCACAAAGACCUGGCCGCUAUUAGGGCCUGGGCGUUUCUAUUUCAUUGUCUAAUCCUUUUGGAAUGAUGGUUUUGCUGUGCAGGGCAGUAGCUACAGGGCAGUCCAGCUCCAACAGGUAUGGCAAACAUCCCCAGACAGGACCCGCGCAGACGGGAAGGAGAUUUUUCGGAUCCGAUUUGAAAUGCAAGGGGAGGCGUUGAUGGGGGCAGAGAUCCAGCAAGGCUCUGCCUAGUUUUACUCUACUAACAGUGGGGCUUCAGUGUUGGGAUCUGCAGCUGUCCUCGGGUGCUGUUCUUCCGCCGUCUCUACCGUGUGUUUUGGAAAGGCGUAUCUCCUUAUGUUGUCCCUCCCAGAGUUUUUCUGUGAAAACGGCACUUUCCUCAAUAGACCUGAUCGCUGCGUGUCUUUGGAGUCGCACCUUCUGACUUUAAUGCCUAAAAUAAGGGGGUGUUUGUAGUGCAGAGCCAUCCCAGCUAUGGGAGUAUGAGCUGGAUUCUAUUCCGGGCUCCUGCGUCAUGAACAGAGUUGUUUAAGAAACAGCAGAUUCAUCCUAAGCAGAAUCAAACUCUCAUCACAGACAUUGAUUAGGAAAUUCUCUGCUUAAAGUCUAGGGCUAUUAAUUCUCUUUAGCUUAUAGCUAAUUUGUAGGCUCUCAGUAAUUGUAUCGGAUCAGGACUUGUUCUGUAUCCUGUCCAAUGGUGGCCAGUGCCAGCUGCUUCCGAGGAGGUACAAGAAACCCCAUGGGCUGCAUCUAAACUGGGGGAAUUUAUGAUCUAAUCCUGAAAUGAGCUGUGGCCAGGGGGCUCCUAGUGGGGUUCUGCACAGAGCUCCUUGCAGGAGCAGCAGUUUGAUCUUCAGUUGUAAGUUUAAGAAUACAAACCGACCUCUUACAGAUGGAUCUUUGAGUAUGACUCAAACCCGUUAUUUCUCCCAAUCCCGCUUUGUCUGCAGAUCCCAGGAGAGGUCUUGCAGGGUCUUCAGAAACACAAGUACAGUGUAAACGGCAUAGAGGCAAGUGAUUGGAGCCCCACAAUCUGCUUUGUGGCGCUUUCAUGAAAUCGCUCUCUAAACAUGUGAUGGAAACGCUUCCCCUGCAGCGAUUGACAAACCAUUAAAUGUUUGGAUUGCAAAGGCCCCGUUGUGCUGCACAAAAGAAGGAGAGAUGUGGCCCCUGCUCUGAAGAACGUACCCAAAGUUAGGGUGUGAAAGCUAGUGUGUGAAACCAGAAAGAGAGAGAAAUGAACCGGUUAGCUUGUUUUCACUGUCCAGGUUGAGAGAAGUACAAAAAGGUAAAGGAAUUUUGAAUAGUGAGGGUAACUGACCAUCAGGGAUGAGGUGGAUUCUCCGUUACUUGGAGUCUUUAAAUCAAGGCUGAAUGGCUUUCUAGAAGCUGUAGCGCAAUCAAAAGCUCUGGGCUGGCUGCGGGAAUCACUGCAUCAGGGUCUGUGACCUGUGCUAUGCAAGAAGUCAGACUAGAUGAUCGUAAUGGCCUCUUGUGGCCUUCAAAUCUAUGGAUCUUUGAACGUUUCUUUACAUGUUUAUCCUCUCAGGUGCGUUUAAUAGCGCAGAGGUCGGUUUGUUUUCAGAAUCGUAUUUGUAACCUGACUCUUGUAUUGAAAAGUUAUUCCCAACUUUCUGGGGCAGUUUCUGUUCAACAGCAGAGAUCAAACUUAGCGUCUUCGUCGCUUCCCUGGAACAUUCACGCACAUUCUGGAUGAAGAGUUUCCUCUUUAGAAAAGAAAAGAAAACACCACUUGCCUUAAACCGAAUACAUGUUAAAAAUAACAGAUCUGCCCCCUGCCCUAGGGGAACAGAGGCUGGUUCUCUCCAGUCCCACACGGGGGAGAAGUCGGAACCUGGCUGGUUUUAGAUGUCUUUCCCAACGUUCAGUUUAAUGAAGAUAGCAAUGGGUGCAGCAGGGGGUUGGCUGGAGGAGGGGGGUCGGCCAGUUUGAUGUCUGUUCUCUGUGGAGUAGCGAUGGCAGGAACAUCUCUGUAAAGAACCCAGGAAUCGCGUGGCCCCUGCUGUGGGGUUUGUAAUGGCUCUGUGACACUCUCCUUAGGGAGUCCAGGACUGUAAGCCACGCUGGUAUCCUUCUGCCUCUGCAAGAGAGAGCUUGGCUGGAGCUUAACCUGUGUGACAGCCCCUGCCACACCGGUCUGU